AUGGGGGACGCCGCCUCCGGCCGUGGCCACGUCGUCUACCCUCCCCUCACUCACGACAAGGAGAACCUGUGCCUGUACGGCUACGCGAACGAGGCGUGGGAGGUGGCGCUGCCGGCGGAGGAGGUGCCCACGGAGCUGCCGGAGCCCGCGCUGGGGAUCAACUUCGCGCGCGACGGGAUGAACCGCCGCGACUGGCUUGCGCUCGUCGCCGUCCACUCCGACUCCUGGCUCCUCUCCGUCGCCUUUUACUAUGCCGCUCGGCUCAAUCGUAAUGACCGGUACGCUGCCUCCGACCGAUCCCCGCUGCUUUACUUCUCUCGUCACGCGGUGUCCAGCAUGAGCGUUGGUGGCGGUGUGCAGUGCAAGCGUUGGCAGAGGCAACAACAACAACACACUCCUGUUGUUAGUCUUCCCCAUCUCGGCUAUUUAUCUUCCCUAACCCGGAGUGGCAGGGGUGGCAGCACGAGCGCGAGCGGGGGCAACUACUUGGUGAUUGUGGUAGGCAACGUCGGGUGA